AUGUCCCCUUCUCCUCCCAUGUUCCCUUCUCCUCUUAUGUCCCCUCCUCUCCCUCCUCCUCUCCAGUCCCCUCCUCUUCUCAUGGCCCCUCCUCCAUCCUCGCCCACUGUCGACCAGUCUGGUGCGGCGAACGAAGGGGGCGACCAGCUUCCUCCCGACGACGUCCAGGACGACUUUGCCCUCCCUCUGAUCAAUCAGGAUGAAGAUCUCAGGCGGAUUGAAGAGUACAUGGCCGGCGGCACCGGCACCGGCGCCCACCUUCCACAGCUCGAGGGGCUGCAGACCGCUGGCCCAGCUGUCCUCGACAUCAAGCCUUUCAUCCCCGACUUGGUGCCGAUCGGCGUAGACUUUCAGCGCAUCCGCGACCCCCACAACUUCCCCCUGUAUGACCCGCCGGGCUACUACCAGAUCCGACUCAAGGGCUCCAAGGAGCACCAGUCGUAUGUUGUCAAGAUCUGGGUGACGCCCACCACCACUGGCGGGGACCUACUCAACUACCUCUCCGACAACUUUGGCUACCAGCCCGCGACCGUCCGCCUCCUGUACUGUGGCGAACGGCUCAAGGCGACCGACACCAUGACGUCCAUCGAGAUGGAGCCUGAAGGCGACAUCGACGUCGCUGUUGAGAUGAUGGGCGGGUGA